AUGCGAGAUAAAAUGAGAAAAUGGAGAGAAGAAAACUCCCGGAAUAGUGAACAAAUUGUAGAAGUUGGAGAGGAGUUAAUUAAUGAAUAUGCCUCUAAGCUUGGAGAUGAUAGAUUUCUAAUUGCUAGUAGUAGUAAAGCUAUUAAAAAAGUAUUUUUGUUUAAUGCUCACAGGGCCACAGAUCUGUUUUGUCUUCAGGAAUUGAGAAGACAGUUUCCUGGCAGUCACAGAGUCAAACGACUAACUGGCAUGAGAUUUGAAGCCAUGGAGAGAUAUGAUGAUGCUAUACAGCUUUAUGACCGAAUUUUACAAGAAGAUCCAACUAAUACUGCUGCAAGAAAGCGUAAGAUAGCCAUUCGAAAAGCCCAGGGGAAAAAUGUGGAGGCCAUUCGGGAGCUGAAUGAGUAUCUGGAACAAUUUGUUAGAGACCAAGAAGCUUGGCAUGAACUUGCAGAACUUUAUAUCAAUGAACAUGACUAUGCCAAAGCAGCCUUUUGUUUAGAAGAGCUGAUGAUGACUAAUCCCCAUAACCACUUAUACUGUCAGCAGUAUGCUGAAGUUAAAUACACCCAAGGUGGGCUUGAAAAUCUCGAACUUUCAAGAAAGUAUUUUGCACAAUCAUUGAAACUAAACAACAGAAAUAUGAGAGCUUUAUUUGGGCUUUACAUGUCUGCAAGUCAUAUUGCUUCGAAUCCAAAAGCAAGUGCAAAAACAAAAAAGGACAACAUGAAAUAUGCUACUUGGGCAGCUAGUCAAAUAAACAGAGCUUAUCAGUUUGCAGGUCGAAGUAAGAAGGAAACCAAAUACUCUCUUAAGGCAGUCGAAGACAUGUUGGAAACAUUGCAGAUCACCCAGUCUUAA